UACUCGUUUAGAGGUUCUGCCGGGAGAAAUUUCGUUGUGUUGCUUCACUAAUACUUUAUCUAAGCGUAGUAAACAAAAGGGAUACUCAUAUUUUGUGGAGGGGUAUAUCCACGCGGUGUGUUUCUGUGAGCAGAAGGAGAAGGGAGAGGUGGACGUGCGUGCAAAGUGCUACCGGUCAAUGGGGAAGAGCGACCCGCCGCAUGGCCUUACAUUGACUUUAUCGUGCACUGACAAUAAGAUCGUUAACAGUCAGUGCAGCUAUGUUGCUGGAAUGAGUGGGGAUUGCUCUCACAUAUACGGUCUAGUGCACACUCUGGCACACUACCAGCAGUAUGGUUUGAAGGAAGUGCCUGCUGAGCUGUCAGCCACCAGUUUACCUCAACAGUGGCACAAACCUAGAGGAAAAAAGAUCUCCCCUGCACCAGUGAUGGAAAUGGUCAUGUCCAAGGCCAAAUCUGCCACUGACAGGAAAAGAAAGCCUGUAUAUACUGCCAUAUUACAAGAAAAAUGAAAAACUAUAAAGAUGUUCCAUCAGCAGAAGUCCACCCAUGUGGCAACGUUAAAUUCCCACAGAAUGUCCCCACAUACGCGUC